AUGGAGCCAAAUCCCAUCAUGCCUCCUCCUCGGUCCCAGGUCUGCACCCGCCUGGCAGAGCACAGCAUGGAAGGUGAGAGGUGCUCGUCUUCACCCACAGGCUCCAGCCUUGCUGAGCCUGGUUGGUUUGGGAAUGAACACAUCCGGGCAAAGAGAGCCAGAGUGGAGACCAUCAUCCGAGGCAUCGGUCUCUCCAACACCCUGGUGCCAGGCAGUGCCCGAGUCAAGGGCAGUGCAUGCUACCCGGAGAAGGCCCUGGGGCGGAAGGGGAAGCAGAGACGCCCUGUGCAGCAAGUCCUCCUGCAGCCAGGCCCUGCCAGGAACCAGGUCAACAGGAAGGGGGGGCCCGGAAUGAGAGAGCAGCUUCACCAGCUGGAGCAACAGCUCAGGCGCCUGCAAGGGCACAUCCUGCAGGCUACUGUGCCCACGGCCACAGCUCAGGGUCUGGGACUCCUUGAGCCGAGGACAGACCCUCUGAGUGGAGCUCAGAGAGACGGCUACAGGCCUCAUCCCUGGGUUACCAGCGGAGGCCUCAGUGGGGCAGAAAAGCACAGAGUGUCUGAGGCCCAGCCUCUGUCUGAGGAGCUCCGAUCCCUUCCUUCGGGAGCACAGGCUUUGCUGGAGAUUCUCAAGAAAGAACUGACCAGGGCCGUGUCCCAGGCUGUGGAGUCAGCGCUGCAAACGGUGCUGGCGAAUCCGCCCAACCUACUGGCCCAGCAUGGCAGGACCUUCCAAGGACUGGUACCAGAGGGUGGAGGCGAGCCCUGGUCUUCCGAAGGGGGUACCUCGGAAGACGCAAAUGUUCUGGCCUUGCUUAAGAGGGGCCAGUCACAUGCUGGGGUCUCUUUGGAGAGUGUGUCCCUGGCCGAGCCUGCAGAUUCUCCCCAGUGGUACUCAGUCUCUCCAAGAAGCGUCCCCAGACCCUUUCAGGGUCCCAUGGCAAACUAUCCGUUGGCGGUGCCACCCCACAUUCGGAAGAACCAGAUUCUCAGCCCGAGACUGGGUCUCCCAGCCAGUAGCCGUGGGAGCAGGGCUCCUCCGCAGGCCUUGCCGCCUCAACCAUACCCCUCCGCAGAGCCUGCCCUGCGCCCUUGGCUUCUGAGCCUGCCUCUCGCCGCGGCUCCUCUGCAGAGCCGGCCUCUCCUGGCCUCAGUGAAGACAGAGCCUGGCGGCCUGCGUGCGGCCCCCGACGCGCUUCGGUUUUCUUCUGCCCACAUCCAGGAAGGUCUCAAUCCUGGUCACCUGAAGAAGGCCAAGCUCAUGUUCUUCUUUGCGCGGUACCCCAGCUCCAACCUCCUGAAGGCUUACUUCCCUGACGUUCAGUUCAACCGCUGCAUCACCUCCCAGAUGAUCAAGUGGUUCAGCAACUUCCGCGAGUUUUACUACAUCCAAAUGGAAAAAUCUGCCCGGCAAGCAAUUUCAGAUGGUGUCACAGAUCCCAAAGCACUGGUGCUUCUCCGGGACUCGGAGCUCUUUCGUGUCCUCAAUGCUCACUAUAACAAAGGCAGCGGCUUUGAGGUCCCAGACUGCUUCUUGGAGAUCGCCAGUGUGACGGUACAGGAAUUCUUCAGGGCUGUCUCCACGGGGAGAGACUCAGAUGCUUCCUGGAAGAAACCCAUUUAUAAAAUUAUUUCGAAACUGGACAGUGACAUUCCAGAGAUAUUCAAGUUGCCCAGCUAUCCUCAGGAGCUGUUUCAGGGUGAACAUGAGUGA